AUGAUAGUCUCUGGAAUCCGGAGUGCAACCAACACGCUAAUCUUGACCCAUUUGUCAGAUGAACUUUUAGGCAACCCCCAGCCCUUGGUCGAUUACAUUUCGCUGGAAAACAACUAUUUGGUCGAGUUGGUGUCUCUUCCUCGGUUCGGUAGAAUCAUAAUUAUCUGCGAGACAAGCCAAAUCUCGACAGAAAUUGCCAUGUUGCUCAAAUCCUCGCCUGAAUGGAACCACAUCAGAAUCUCUUACAGUAUAAAAGACAAUAAGUUCAGCAUAGUUAACCAGCCAGAUAUGUUCCUAGCUGCGGGAAACCAGUCACAGGAAGAUCUGGUCCAUGUAGAAUAUCUCGAACUCCCGCUGGAAAGCGACAGUCGUCGUUUUCUCAUUUCUCCACCACUUUCUCCGCAUUCUGAAUGGGACCACUGGGACAAAGCCGAAGAAGGACCAAAUGAAAAGACAAUGUAUUCACCACAAGAGCUUUCACAUCUUCUCUGGGAACGUUUGGGAGGAUUCGAUAGCUCUAUUGUUAGAAAAUACAAAGAUGAAGAAGGCGAAAUGGAGAUAGACAAUAUAUCAGAAAAUGAAAUAAGGACAGAAAAUGGAGAAAACACCGAAGAUGAUAAAAAAUACGAUUUGUCUAGUCAGCCAGAGAUAUUGUUCCAGAACAUAGAUAACGGCGUACCAGCCAUAGUGUUGGACUCUAUCAAGAACGAGAAUCUAAGAAGACAAUCUGUGAAAAGCAAGACGUUGGCUAAAACAGCCAUGCCACCCUCUUUCGAUAUAUGA